AUGUACCACGUGGUGGGCGCAAUAAAUAACGCCGGUGCCUAUGUCGUCAUCCAUUUUAAGUACGUCACCAACGUGACGGACGCUUUGGCCAAGUUAGCCGCCAUGGACAAGACAGGGUCCGAAAAGAAACACAAUGUCAUAAUUGACAUGUCACUAAACGACACUAACACCGUACUAAAAAGGCGGUUUACAGAAACACCGCAGACCAAGCUGCUGUAUAACUAUUUGAUAGCAAGAUUGUUUACAAACGAGAUCGAUUUCAAAGCAUUCCCGGCUGGAGGCAUGAACAUCACUGGCUUUCACAUGGUGGAUUAUGACACCGAUGUCACAGUAAAAAAAUAUAAUCAGGUCUACAGGAGAUGCGACCUGAAGUGCGGAUCGUUUGACAACACCUGUCCUACCUCAAACGGAGCAGCAUUUGCGGCCGACUCUCUGACAGUUUUCAUCAAAGCCAUGGACUUGUUACAUAAAAACGGUUCUUCCAACUUUCCCACCAAUAACCCGUAUCCCAAGAAUAGCGGCGGCCUAGCAUGUGCAGAGUGGCCCAAUGCCCCAAAACCAUGGAUAUACGGGGAGAAAUUGAUAGGCGCUUUGAAAAAGGUGGAGCUGGACGGAUUGACAGGAAAAAUAUUAUUUGAUGAAGACGGAUACCGAAUAAACUUCACCCUUUAUCUUUUUGGAACAACGUCACAGGAGGGUCCAGCAAAGUUGGGAACUUGGGAGUCUCAUCCGCGGCGCUUGAAUCGACCACGCCUUAAUCUUAUACACGACACCAAAUCAGUCGGACUGCUAAAUGUAGAUCCUGACAACAAAACGUACAUUGUUACGACUAUAUUGAGAGACCCUUACAUGAUGGAGAAGAUUCACCCUCGCCCAGACGGCGGUAACUGGACGGGGAAUGACAGAUACGAAGGCUUCUGCAAAGACAUCAUUGACCAGCUGAUGCGUGAUUUAAACAUGAAUUAUGAAUUACGAGUGGUGGCCGACGGUUCACACGGGAGCAAACAAAAGGGAAACGUGACCCACCCAUGGAACGGGAUGGUGUGGGAGCUGAUGACAGAGAGAGCAGAUAUGGCCAUCGGUGACUUGACCAUCAGCGCCGAGCGCGAAAAAGUCAUCGACUUCACAAAACCUUUCAUGAACCUUGGCAUAAGCAUCAUGAUCCGUAAAACACCCGGAAGUCAGUUCGAUAUUACAGAUAUGUUUAUAUUCAUGGUGCCGCUAUCCAAGGAAAUAUGGAUGUGCAUUGCUUUUGCCUACCUGGGAGUCAGCGUGGUUUUGUUCCUUGUGAGCCGGUUCAGCCCCGCAGAAUGGUUGAUCAACGAUCCCAUGGAAGAUGACGGGAAAAAGAAGACGUGUGUCAGGAAUGACUUCGGCAUUUACAACAGCUUGUGGUUCGCCUUGGCGGCCUUCAUGCAGCAAGGAUGUGAAAUUUGUCCGAGGUCAGUGUCAGGUCGCAUUGUGGGCUCAGUUUGGUGGUUCUUCACCCUGAUCGUCAUCUCCUCCUACACGGCCAAUCUAGCCGCAUUUCUCACCACGUCCAGAAUGAUCAGCCCCAUAGGGUCUGCGGAGGACCUGGCAGCACAAACCGAGAUCUCCUAUGCGACAAGUCGGGAAGGAACAAGCAGAGACUUCUUCAGGGAAUCCAAAAUCAGCACAUACGAGCGUAUGUGGGCGUACAUGAGCAGCCGGCCACACAACUUUCCCAAGAACAACGCGGAGGGGGUCAGGAGGGUCCGGGACGAGAACGACAAAUUUGCGUUUCUCAUGGAAUCUACCAGCAUUGACUAUCACAGUAACAGGGAGGACUGUACCACCACCAGAGUUGGGGAUCUGCUGAAUUCCAGAAGUUAUGGUAUCGGAAUGCCCAAAGGAUUUAGUAAAAAGAACGUGGUCACACUGCAGCUCCUAACCCUAGUGGAGUCCGCAUUCGUUGAGGAGAGGCGAAAAUACUGGUGGGAAGAGGACAGCAGUAGAAGAGGGCUUUGUAAAGACAGGCAGGAUACCAAUAAAAAGGGAGAGGACACCAGUUCGUCUCUUAGCAUUUCUAAAAUCGCCGGUAUAUUCAUCAUACUACUCUGUGGGAUGAUGAUGGGGAUAAUUAUUUCUAUUCUGGAAUUAUUUUACAAGACCAAGAUUGACGCCUUCAGAAAGCACGUAAGUAUUUAG